AAAGCCCAGUGUCUCUGCUCCAGCUCAAGCCCUGUCCCUUGUCCCUCCACCACAUCCUAGAUAAGUCCCAAACCUACAUCUUCACUUCAGAGAGAGAGAAAGAUAGAUCGAAAGCUCCUGAGUUGAGAUCAAAUCAAACUGGGCAAAUGUUGUUUUGCCAACCCAGAAAAUCCUACAAGAAGAACAUUGCAGCUACUAAAACUGUGUGGUUUUUGGAGCAGCAAAUCAAGCGGAUCAAGAGGAAAAUGGGGUGUUGCUAUUCGAGAAUAGAUAGAGAAGAGAUGGUUUCGAGAUGCAAAUCAAGGAAGAGGUACAUGAAGCAGCUCGUGAAAGCAAGACAAGCUUGGUCUGCAGCUCACACCAUGUAUCUUCGUUCUCUUCGCAGCACUGGUGCUGCUCUGCUCCAAUUUUCAAAUGCCGAAACUACCGUCCAUCACCACAACAACCACUACAGCCACCACAACAACCACCACUCGCCACCACAACCGCAAACCCCACAAACCCCUCUCACCCCACAACCGCCGCCGCCGCCGCCGCCGCCGCCACUCAGCUCAAGCUCUGACACAUGGACAACAUCAACCACAGCCUCGACAGCUCUCCCGCCUCCGCCUCCCCCGCCGCCGCCUCCGUCGUCCACAUGGGAUUUCUGGGACCCAUUUGUGGCUUCUUCUUCGAGGCCAGUGACUGAAGAAGAGUGGGAGGACAACACGACCGCCUCCGAGGCGGUGAUCACCGUCACGGCUGCGAGCACGGCGGCGCCGCUUUCUGUCGUCAGUGGGUUUUCUAAAGAGAGUGGGGCGCCUACAAGUGAGCUUGCCAUGGUGGUUUCGAGAAAUGCUAAAGAUCUGGUUGAGAUUAUAAAGGAACUUGAUGAGUAUUUCCUCAAGGCUGCUGAUGCUGGCGGACUUCUCUCCUUGCUCUUGGAAGUUCCCACCCCUGGAUUUUCUUCUUGUCAAAAUAAAGGGGGUAAAGUUUAUAACCAUGGGUGUAAUUUGAGCCCCUCACUGUGGACAUGGGGAGGUUCAAGUCCCAAGUUUGGUGGGUUUGGAAAGAUGGGUUGUGAUGAGAUGGUGCUUAGCCAUUUAGGUAGUGGGGUUGGAGAGGAGGGUGUUGUGAGUAGCAGCCAUUGCUCUACUGUGGAGAGGCUUUAUGCUUGGGAAAAGAAACUAUACCAGGAAGUCAAGGAUGCUGAGACAAUAAAGAUAGAGCAUGAGAAGAGGGUGGCUACCUUGAAGAAGCUAGAGAUGAAGAGGGCAGACUAUGUGAAGACUGAGAAGACCAAGAAUGAUGUGGAAAAGCUGGAGUCACAAAUGAUGGUUGCUUCACAGGCCAUUGACACAACUUCUGCUGAAAUCAUCAAACUCAGGGAGACAGAGCUGUACCCUCAACUCAUUGAGCUUGUCAAGGGAUUGAUGUGCAUGUGGAGAAGCAUGUAUGAGUGCCACCAGGUCCAAAAGCACAUUGUUCAGCAGCUCAAAUACCUGAACACAAUACCAUCUACUGAACCUACAUCUGAGAUUCACAGGCAAGCAACACUCCAGCUUGAGCUUCAAGUCCAGCAAUGGCACCAGUCAUUUUGCAACCUGGUCAAGGCUCAAUUGGACUACAUCCAGUCCCUAACAGGAUGGCUCCGGCUUAGCCUCUUCCAGUUUAGGAGACAUCCAAUAUCAAAGACAAGUCAAGAAUCAAGAAUUUACAUGCUCUGUGAAGAAUGGCACCAUGCAGUUGACCGGAUUCCGGACAAAGUAGCAUCUGAAGGAAUCAAGAGCUUUUUAACCGUAGUUCAUGCUAUUGUAGUUCAACAAGCAGAGGAAUAUAAGCAAAAAAAGAAGUCAGAAUCGACAUUUAAAGAGCUUGAGAAGAAGGCAACUGUGCUUAGAUCGCUGGAGUCCAAGUAUGGCCCAUAUUCAAUGCCUGAUUCUGCUAGCACUUCUACAAAGAACCCAGUUGUUGAGAAGCGGGCAAAGGUGGAGGUGUUGAGGGCAAAAGCAGAAGAGGAGAAGAGCAAGCAUGAAAAGUCAGUGAGUGUGACAAGAGUCAUGACACUAAAUAACUUGCAGAUGGGGUUUCCUCAUGUCUUUGAGGCGAUGGUGGGAUUUUCAAGUGUGUGUAUGCAGGCAUUCGAGUCACUAUAUAACCAAGCCAAAAGUGCUAAUCAGGAGCUUGACGUUAAGAGGUUACUACCGUAAGGAGAAGAUUCGAAUUUCAGGAAGAUUGGCAGCACUGUAAUCAGUUUUCUGUGUAUAUCGCGCAUCCAUUCAGUAAGCUUGAUGUUGAGGGGGUUCCUAAAAUAAUUAGAAGACUUAAAAGUUCUGGAGGAAUGACAGCAUUGUAAUCAGUUUUCGUGUAUAGAUAGAUGCACAUCCUUUCAGUUAUCAUUAACCAUAGUGGAGGAGACUAUCAGUGGCAGGAUUCCCCUUUUUAAGAUAACCUUGACACAAUUAUGCAGAUUAGGGA